AAUAAGAAGUCGUAAAAAAAGCAUUGAAAUGAGCUAGCCACAAUGUGUCACCAUCACAAUGUGUCCAACUCCAAUCCACAAGGGUAUAAAUAGAGGGAACGGCGUAGAUGGACUGUCAGAACUGGAAGUGAUUCGAAAUCGAAGCAAAAUGAGAUCCCGCGAUUCCCUGUUGACCAUCCUAACAUUGCUGAUUGCCUGCUGUCUGGAUUCGAGUGGCGCUCUGUUCUUCAAGUCCUGGAAGACUGGAAAAGGAAAUACUGGAUAUAGUGGAGUACAAGACUAUGGUGGCUAUGGAAACUACGGCCAGGGAAACUACGGCUAUGGAAGCUAUGCUGGAGGAUAUGGAGGACGCAAGCCUUCUGGAAACCGAAAAGGACGCACUUACUCGGACAUUCGAAGAGUUAUAAAUCCCGCUCCAUACAUCGGCCCUGGAGGCAGUCGCUUCCUGCCCCGUACUCCAUAUUCCGCCCUUUGGGGUUAACGAUUCGACCAUCUGAACUCGCUUUGUUGUCAGCAGUAUUAGCCAUUAAAAUAAAAUCAGCGAAAGUUACAUCUAA